ACUAACUUGAUACUUAUCCAGCACAUGCCUGCCAGCUCGGUCAAUGCCUUCCCUAGAUACUUCUCGUCGGGCUCUCUCCUCCAACUUUGUGGGCUUCAGCUUAAUUAUUUUGCUGUAUAAAUACUGAACUCCUCGUCCGUUCACUUAUUAUCGAGCUAGAGCAUCCUGAUAAGAGAGAAAUAUAUUGUAAAUGGAAGGUUUAAUUCUAAGCCCUGCUAAACUAGCUACUCUCUUCCUCUUUUUCUCUAUUCACUUCACCUCUAGCUCAGCAACCAGGUUCUUGAGUAGCAACACAAAUGCCCAGUUCGUAAAAGCAUCCUGUAGCAACACAACCUAUCCUCAAUUGUGCUAUGAAUCCUUCGCACGCUAUGCCAGCAAAAUUCAAAGCAACCCCAAAAUGCUAGCCCAUGUUGCUCUCGAUGUGACACUUUCAGCUACCAAAUCAGCAUCAGAUUUGAUGAGAAACCUAGCUAAACUCCAUGGCUUGAAGGCAAGAGAGGUUGCAGCCAUCGCUGAUUGCGUGGAAGUGGUUGGUGAUGCAGUAGAUGAGCUAGAAAGGUCUAUUGGAGAGAUGGGUCGAGCUAGAGGAUCCAAUUCUGAUCCAGUGAUUAACGAUAUCCAAACUUGGGUUAGCGCAGCCUUGACGAACGAUGAUACGUGCAUGGAUGGAUUUGCUUUUGCUGCUUAUGCGAACGAUGGGGAAGUAAAAAGUACAGUAACGAAUAAAAUGACAAAAGUUGCACGUUUGACAAGCAUUGCCUUGGCUCUCAUAAAUAGCUUUGCCUCUUCACAAGGAAACUCAGCCUUAAUACUUUGAUGUCCAAAGAGUAGGGACGGUUAUAACUGCUGGGAUCAUAAUCUUUUCUUCUACAAUUAUAAUAUAUGUAUAUACUAAUAAGCUGAGAAAAUAAGUUGGGUCCAAAGGGAGCUAUGGCUUGUUACGUGUGUUCAUUGGCAUGGAAAAUAAGUGUGUGAGUUUUGAAAUUUCCAUAUGUAUUUCGAUAAUUAAGAGCUUCAAAAUGUAAAGUAAAUGUUUCUUAUGCAUAAUAUACGAAUAGCUAAUAUUAAUUUA